AUGAGUGCACCUGACUUCAUCAUCCUAGUCUGUUUUUAUAUAUGUUUGAAAUUUUCUGUAAUAAAAAGCUUUCGAGAAGGGAGCGCCUGCGCUCCACAGCCUCCCAACUGCUCUGACCCCACACCAGGACCCUGGCAUCUCUGGUCUAACAAGGGAAUCAGGAAACCAGCACCACUCACCCCGGUUUCACACACGCUUGACGAUGACGUCUGUCCCAGGCUAACCAGAAAGGCCAUGGGCGCUGAGAGAGCCUGCCAGAGUCAGCCAUGCACCUGGCGCCUCCUCGCCCUGGUCCCCAUCUUCCUCAGCCUGGCGGCCACCCUCAACUGGCAAACUGCCCACAGCCUUGACCCUUUCGAGAAAUGCAUGCAUGACCCCGACUACGAGCAGCUGCUCAACGUUGUGACCUUGGGCCUGAAUCGGACCUCGAAGCCCCAGAGGGUGAUUGUGGUUGGUGCGGGCGUGGCCGGGCUGGUGGCUGCCAAGGUGCUCGGCGAUGCUGGACACAAGGUCACCAUCCUGGAGGCAGACAGCAGGAUUGGGGGCCGCAUCUCAACCUACCGGGACCGGAAGACGGGCUGGAUUGGGGAGCUGGGAGCCAUGCGCAUGCCCAGCUCGCACAGGAUCCUCCACAAGCUCUGCAAGAGCCUGGGACUCAACCUGACCACGUUCACCCAGUAUGACGAGAACACGUGGACAGAGGUGAACGAGGUGAAGCUGCGGAACUACGUGGUGGAGAAGAUGCCUGAGAAGCUGGGCUACAAGCUGCACCCCAAGGAGAAGGGCCACUCGCCCGAAGAAAUCUACCAGAUGGCUCUCAACAGGGCCACCAAAGAUCUCAGGACACUGGGCUGCAGAAAGGCAAUGAUGAAGUUUGAAAAGCACACGCUCCUGGAAUACCUCCUCGGGGAGGGGAACCUAAGCCAGCCGGCCGUGCGGCUCCUGGGAGACGUGAUGUCCAAGGAUGGCUUCUUCUAUCUCAGCUUUGCGGAGGCGCUGCGGGCCCACAGCUGCCUCAGCGACCUGCUCCGGUACAGCCGCAUCGUGGGGGGCUGGGACCUGCUGCCGCGCGCGCUGCUGAGCUCGCUGUCGGGGCCAGUGCUGCUGCACACGCCCGUCGUGGCGAUUAAGCAGGGGACGCACGAGGUGAGCGUGCACAUCGAGGCCUCGCGCCCGGAGCGGAACCUGAAGUCCCUGACAGCCGACCUGGUGCUGCUGACGGUGAGCGGGCCGGCGCUGCAGCGCAUCACGUUCACGCCGCCGCUGACGCGCAGGCGGCAGGAGACGGUGCGCGCGCUGCACUACGUGCCGGCCACCAAGGUGUUCCUGAGCUUCCGCCGGCCCUUCUGGCACGACGAGCACAUCGAGGGCGGCCACUCGAACACCGACCGCCCAUCGCGCGUGAUUUUCUACCCGCCGCCCGGCGAGGGGGCGCUGCUGCUCGCCUCGUACACGUGGUCGGACGCGGCGGCUACGUUCGCUGGCCUGAGUCAGGCCGAAGCGCUGCGCUUGGCGCUUGACGACGUGGCGGCGCUUCACGGGCCCAUCGUGUACCGGCUCUGGGACGGCACCGGCAUCGUCAAGCGCUGGGCGGAGGACCCGCACAGCCAGGGCGGCUUCGUGGUGCAGCCGCCGAUGCUCUGGCACACCGACAGGGACGAGGAGCGGGAGUACGACUGGGCGGUCCCCUACGGCCGCAUCUACUUCGCCGGCGAGCACACGGCCUACCCGCACGGCUGGGUGGAGACGGCCGUCAAGUCGGCGCUGCGGGCCGCGGUCUUGAUCAACAGUCGGGUAAACGGCCGGACCGGCAGCUGGGACAACCCCCAGAUCCUCCCCAGGGUGGAGCACGGGCAUGUGCACGCGGCGCCCGCCCACCACCACCACCCGUGGCCCCUCGAAAAGGGGCAGGGCACCCACGCUCCAGCCUUACAUGCGAUAACCGCUUCGCACACGACCCAAAACAGGACCCAGUAUUAA